UGUGGGUGGGGAUGAGGGAGGUGGGGGGCGGGGCAGAGGAGGAUGAGUCCCAGGCCUAGGCUAAACUCCACUUUUUCUUCUUCCGCACAGCGGGUUUCCGCUUCCCUCCAGGGCGGUGGGUGAGGCAGUGAGGCCGAGGCUCGACCAGAGAGCGCCGCUAUGUGGCCCCCGGACGCAGAGCCUGAGCCCGAUCCGGAGUCCGCGCACGGCUCCCGAAGUGGCAGGACAGUGCCGGGGCUCCGAGCCCUGUUGCCCGCGCGCGCCUUCCUCUGCUCUCUCAAAGGCCGCCUCCUGCUGGCGGAGUCGGGUCUUUCAUUCAUUACCUUCAUCUGCUACGUGGUGUCCUCCGCAUCUGCCUUCCUCACAGUGCCUCUGCUGGAGUUUCUGUUGGCUGUUUACUUCCUCUUUGCUGAUGCCAUGCAGCUGAAUGACAAGUGGCAGGGCUUGUGCUGGCCCAUGAUGGACUUCCUGCGCUGUGUCACGGCUGCCCUCAUCUACUUCGUCAUCUCCAUCACUGCUGUCGCCAAAUACUCAGAUGGGGCUUUCAAAGCAGCUGGCGUUUUUGGCUUUUUUGCCACUAUUGUGUUCGCAAUUGACUUCUACCUGAUCUUUAACGAAGUGGCCAAGUUCCUCAAGCAAGGAGACUCUGGGAAUGAGACCACAGCCCAUAGGACAGAAGAAGAGAACUCCAACUCUGACUCAGACUCUGACUGAAGGCCUGUCCGUGCUUGACAACUGGAGCCACUCAGUCCCCUCACCCAUGCUGUCCUGAUGAGGCUACAGGAGCGUGGCAGGGAAUGCCCAUGAGAGAGCAGACUGAGGAGCCGAUCUCUCGAGAUUACACUCCUGAGGCCUCACAACAAAAUUGGCUGUUGUGGCUUGGCACUGCUGAGCUAGCAUGGUAGGGCACGUUGACUGUCCUUCCUUCUCUUCCUGUCCUUGAGCCCCACAGAAGCACACAUCAAACCGAGCCAAUCACAGCAGUUCAUGUGGCAGCAUGGGGCGGGUUGGGAUUUCCCUUUACUAACAGGGACAGACAAAACCACAGCCCGCACCGAGCUCUCCUGUUCACCCCCUGCACUUCGCUGGAUGACAUUCAGGAAUCUUUUAUUCAAGAAGCUUCCCUCCUCACUGUGAAACAGGGAGAAACCUAGCUAGCCAAGACUUCCAUUAGGGGUCUGAGACCUUUUCAGAAAGGAACCCAAAGAUUUGUUUACCAGGGCCCACAGACAGGGAACUAACCAGUACAGUGGCAGCAACCAAGUCACAAGUGGCUGGGCGGGCCCAGCCAAGCACUUGCCUCCUGGGGAUCCUAAAAAGCUAAGUGCUUCCUCUGGACACCUCGGCAGGUCCACUGGUGACAUGGACCUUCUCUGUAUUCGCUUGGGGGCUGAUACUGUGUAUGUGUCUUUGAUGGUGUUUUCUAACUUUUUUAUAUUUUUUUUAUACAAAAACAAUGUAACAAAUGGCCUUUUCUGUAACCUAAAAGGCCCCACGAAUGAGCCAGAGUUCUGGGCCCAUGUCUUGGGCAUUUGUAACCUUCUUGUCUUGCAUGUGAAUCCCCUCCCUAAAAAAACAAAAACAAACAAACAAACAAAAAACCACAAUAGAUUAAAACAAACUGACUAUA